CCCCCCCCCGCCCCGCUCGGCCGGGCGGCUCUGCAAGAUGGCGGCGGCAGCCGAGCGCGGAGCGGGGCUGCCCGCAGAGCCGCCGCCUCCAGCGCCGCGCGGGGCUCGGCCGGCGCCGCUGGGCAGCGAGGAGGUGUCGAGGCGGCUGGCGGCCACACGGCGGGAGCUGAGCAACCGGCGCAAGAUCCUGCUGCGGAACCUGCCGGCCGAGAGCAGCAGCCAGGAAAUCCACGACUUAUUUAAAGAUUAUGAAAUAAAGUAUUGUUAUGUGGACAGAAAUAAAAGAACAGCAUUUGUUACUCUGUUAAAUGGAGAACAGGCUCAAAAUGCAAUUCAGAAGUUUCACCAGUACUCCCUUCGAGGAAAAGAAAUAUCUGUGCAACUGCAGCCAACAGAUGCUCUGCUGUGCAUUACCAAUUUGCCUAUUUCAUUUACGUUGGAAGAGUUUGAAGAACUCGUGCGUGCUUAUGGCAACGUUGAGAGGUGCUUUUUGGUCUAUAAUGAAGUUACUGGCCAUUCCAAGGGCUAUGGAUUUGUGGAAUACAUGAAGAAGGACUCUGCUGCAAAGGCGAGACUGGAACUUCUGGGGAAACAGUUAGACGAGAGCACUCUCUUUGCACAGUGGAUGGAUGUGAACCAGCUGACUACAAAUCUAAUACACUCCAAGUGCCUUUGUGUAGAUAAAUUGCAAAAGGACUGCUCUGAUUCAAAAGAACUGUUGCAGGCUUUCUCUCUACAGUAUAAACCUGUAUUCUGCCAGUUUGCUCAGGAUGAAGAUAGUUGCAUUGGUGACUUUGCAGUGAUCGAGUAUGAAACUGCAGAGCAGGCCGAGAAAGUGCAGGAGGCGAUGGAUGGCACGGUGAUCAAAGGGAGGAGAGUGCAGGUGUCAUACUGCGCCCCAGGAGCGCCGGGCAGAAGCACGCUAGCAGCGCUUAUCGCAGCACAGAGGAUGAUGAGGAACAAUAGGAAAGGAUUGCUUCCAGAGCCGAAUCCGGUGCAGAUUAUGAAAAGUUUUAACAAUCCAGCAAUGUUGCAAAUCCUGCUGCAGCCCCAGCUGCGUGGACACGCUGUCAAACCUGGAGUUCUGGGAGCAGCAGCAGGUUUGCCUCACCUUAUGAACACAGCAGUCAGCCCUCCUUUCCUGCAGCUGAACAAAGUCCACCAGAAUUCAAUUCUGGGCAAUACGAGUAACUUGCUACUGCAGAGCCCUGCUCACCUCCCAUUGCCACAGCAGCAGCUGAUGAAGAUGGAGAACAUCCAGGCCAAUAGUAAACCAGGUUUGCUGGGAGAGCCUCCAACGAUGCUGCUACAGACAGUGCUGGGAAUAGGGGUAAUGCCAUCAGUGAAUUCAGGCAUGGGAACCCGUGGAGAAGCUCUCAAGUCUUCUAAUCUGCCUCCAAUUCAAACAGCAGCAGCAGCAGCAGGGAUGGGCUUGUUGCCAUUCUUUCCAAAUCAGCACAUUGUUGGACAAGCCAUAGCAGGGCAAAAUAAUGCCCCGGAUAAAGCACUGACUGCUGAAGGGGUCGUCUCGGGAUCGCAGCCGUAUCAUCAGAGUGUAACCAACAUCGCUGCAGGAGCCUUGCGGGCCGGCCACGCCAAGCAACAGAAUCAACUGAACCAACUGAAAAGCACUGACACAACUUUGGGGCCUCCUUCAAAGAAACAGACUUCUCUGCUAGGAGAACCGCCAAAAGAAAUCCGCCUUAGUACCAACCCCUACUUGAAUUUGGCAAGCGUGUUGCCUGGUAUCUGUCUUCCAGCAAUUGCCAGCAAAGCCUCGAGUCCACCACAGCAGAGCGGACUGUCCAACAACAUCGUGGAUGCUGCUGUGUCUCAGGGAACCGCAUCACAACAUGCAAUGGAAAAUUACUUUAAUUACGCUCAACAGCACGGGGAGUACACGCAGGUGGCUCCUGCGAGAAGUGAGAAGCGAGGCUCCUCGUACCUCGUUGCCUCCCCAGAACCUGGCCCGGUGGAGUACCUUGGCCAGCACGCUCAGGGCUCCGCAGUCCGAUACGCAGAAUCCUCGCUAAAAAAGAAGCGCGUUUACUGAGACCCGACGAGUCGGCCCUGCCUUGAGAGGCGAAGGCAAGCCUUGCGUACCUCUGCUAUUUAUUGCUGCCUUAACUUCAGACAAAUAACUUCUCUUUCUCCGUGGGUUACGAAUAUCCCAAGAGGAGCAACCCUGUGUAACAGGCAGGUUUGCCAAGUGAGCUGUAGGCGCCGAUACGCCGUUAGCCAUUUCUCAGUAGUCUGACUUGCCUUCUGGAAGGGUGGGGGGUGUCCUCCGUCUGCCACCAAAGCGAACAGUGGGGCUGAAGCCGACCCAGAGAGGUAACUCGCUGACUCAGCCAUUCCUGGCAGCGUACAGCUGAAAGCAAUAAAAACACUGAGGGGGGAACGCGGAUCCUUUCUCUGGUCCUCAGGCGGAGGAAGUUAAAGACAAAGUCUUAAUAGUAAUUCUCUUUCUUAUUUUUUUAACUCGAGACUGUGGGGUUGUUUGUUUUUUUUCCCUCAAUCUUUCUUAUCCCAGGAUUAAGAUCUCUGCAUUUACAACCUUUAUAUUUUUAAGAUUUCCUCUUAAUCCUGGAUGGAGAUGAUAUACCAAAUGUAUUCCUAGAGUCGCUGUGAUGUUUUCAAUAAACGUUUGGUAGAAGCGCGAUGCUACGCAGCGUGCUGCCUUGCAGAAUGAGGUUUUAUUCGGACAGCUGCCAUUUGGCCAAUGAAGUAACUUUUAUCUGCUUUGGGCAAAGAAGCCGCAGCUUUUCCUUGGAGUAGUUUGGUUUGUGAACGGAGCUGUGUUACACAGCAAAGCACCAGCUCAAAAGAGCAAAAAGCAGCGGUCUCCUGAAAGCUCUGGAAGUGCACUUGGUGGUGUUCUGCAGCCGUCCUUCCAGCAGGAACGUGGUAGGUGAUGGGUGGAGGUAACAGAGAGGGGGGAGCAUCCACCACCUCUUUGGCUUUGCCUGAAUGCGGAUGAGCCACACAUAGAGCAGAAGAGCCCCUACAGCUCUCCUUGGCUGCCUUCUUCAGUUCUGCCUGCUCUCCUCUCUAUUUAUUUUUUCCAGCCAUCUUUAGACAUUUGCUGCAAUCCAAGCUCCCCUCAAGUGCAGCAUCCUGGCUCCAGUUCUCUUUGCUUCUCCCAUCUCUCCUGCUGUGUGAAGUUCUUGUCCAAAGGAAAAGCCAUUCAUGUUCAGGCAUUAUGGCGGUAGGUGCACGGCGCAGGCUCAGCCCUGCACUGCUUAGCAGCCGGGUGGAUCUCAUUGUCUUUUUAUACUUAAAAAUGACUCGGUAUUUUUGGCUCAUAAGUGAAGCACCUCCGGCUGGCCUUUCCUCUUUGCUGUUCCUCCUUGUAGCUGAAGAGUUAGCAAGCAUUAUUUGAAAACCACAUGAUGGGCAGGGGGCCCUUCGGAAUCCCAUUGCAGAUUGAUUUGGACCCGGUGCACUCACUCAGCUCUGCCAUUAAGACUGAAAAAGCAGGCCUGAAUCUCUAGUUUGGUAGACAGUACUGAAGACAUAUUUUUUUAAUACUGAUUUGUGUUUAUUUUUUAUGAACAAUUUAAACUGUAUUUCAAGCUUUAGUGUGUGACCAGAAGAGAGAUUUUUCUUGGUUUUCCUGUUUGUUUUUUAACAUCAAAAUCUCUCCUCCCUCACCGGUGUUGGAUGGAUAAUGGUGUGCACUGCACACAGGUAGUAAAUGCCUCAGACAGCCAAAUAGCAGCACGGUUAAUGGGAGACACGACGUUGUGGGGGGUGGGAUUCUGUAUGUAUUGAUAAGUUCACUUGUAAUAUUUUGUUCAAACUGUUUGUAUACGCAACUUUCUUAAUUUGUUACCCUUUUCAGUGAAAAUAAAGUGUUUGGUACACGUUUA